AUGCGCUUCUCGAGCCAGCUCCUUUUAUUCGGCCAACUGCUCGUCAACGUGCCGCUGGCCCUCAGCUUGAAGGUCGACGCCGACAGCGCCGACUCACUCAAAAGCGCCGCCCAGACUGCCGCUGCCUCUGCCGUCAACUUCUACAACAAUCGAGAUCCGUCGGUGCGAAAUAUCCCCGGUCAAUUUUAUAACACCUGGUGGGAAGGCGGCGCCUUUUUUACCUUUCUAAUUAACUACUGGCACUGGACGGGGGACGACCAAUACAAUGACAUCGUCAACAAAGGCAUGUUGUGGCAGAAGGGAGACAGUAAUGAUUUUGACCCGUCCAACGCGAGUUUGUAUAUGGGAAAUGACGACCAAGAGUUUUGGGCCCUGGCCGCAGCGACUGCCAUUGAGCAAAAAUUCCCCGACGUCCCAAACAACCCCUCCUGGCUGAGUCUGGCGCAAGGCGCGUUCAACGACUUUGUCGAUCGCUGGAAUCAGGAUAAAGCCGAGUGUGGCGGAGGAUUGCGGUGGCAGGUCAACUCCAUUCAAGGAUCCGGUUAUAAUUCGAAAAACGCCAUCUCCAACGGCAACUUCUUCCAGUUGGCCGCACGUCUCGCCCGAUACACGAACAACGACUCGUAUACCAUCUGGGCCAACACUGUCUAUGACUGGACCCUGUCCGUUCCGUUGUUAGACAAUAAGACCUGGUUCCUGAACGAUUCGAUCCAGAUCAGCCAGGACUGCGGUGCCCCUAGUCCCCAACAGUGGAGUUACAACUAUGGCUCCUACAUCGCUGGACUAGCCUAUAUGUACAACAUAACAAAUGGAGGCGCCAAAUACAAGACCGGAAUUGAUGGCUUAAUGACGCAACUUUUCAAAACCUUUUUCCCUGAGCAAUUCGGCGGCAAUACCUUGUCCGAAGUCUCAUGCGAGCCUUACCACGAUUGCAACCGAGAUCAGAUCAUUUACAAGGGCUUGAUAACCAACUGGCUGUCGCUAGUCUCCCAACUUGCCCCCUAUACACUGGGCGAGAUCGAGCCGAAGCUGAAGGCAUCCGCUGAGGCUGCUGGUACACAAUGCUCCGGACCCAACAAUGAAUGCGGAAUCGUAUGGCACAACGCUACCUGGGACGGAAGCAGCGGAAUCGAGCAGGAAAUGGCCGCACUCAGCGCCUUUGCAAACACUCUCGUCUUGUACCAGAGCGCCCAGUCUGGCUCUUACACCCCCCCGAACAAGCCUGCACCCGUGACUUCGAACACUGGUGGUAAUAGUACGAGUGACCCAAGUGGAGGCCAGAGCCGUGGCGGUGAACAAAGUCUUCCCACCCCGAAGAAAGUGAAUGCUGGUGACCGUGCCGGUGCCGCUAUUCUCACUAUUGUCUUUACAACAGCAUGGAUUGGCAUGAUGGUAUGGGUCGCAUACGGCGAGUUUGGGUUUUGA